GUUUUAGUGAGCGAGAGGAGCAGCAAAAGUGAAUUUUCAAAACAAAACAAGUAAACAAACGCACAUGAGUGAGUGGUGAGUGAGAGCAGGCCGGAAGUUUCGUUACUUUUUAUUUCUGUUCAUAACCACUCACCAUGGACAGAUCUCGACUUGCAAGUUUGGUUCCUAAAAUGCUGGACAAAUUCCCUCUUAUGGUACCCAACCGUCAAUUUAGCGAGUACAGAGGCUUCCUUUCCCCUGGAGAGGCUGACUUGUAUCUGCACAUUUCGGUGCCAAACCUUCCUUCUAUCAAAGACAUAAAAAUAAAGGAAAUGUCCAAAAUUUUGCAAAAGUUGCUGGAAGGUUCUGAUCAAGAAUUGCAACAGUGGUUGUCCUCCAAGUCAAGACUGUUUUACGAUUUUUUAAUUUGGCUUCAAAAUCUUACCAUAACAAAAAGUUCGGAUGUUCAAGCCACUGUUGUAAAGUCAGUUGAAGUGCCUAUUGAAUUUUGGAGAGAUGUAGUCUCAAAUCUUUCAUCGAUUGGAUUUGAAAACGUUAAGUGCGUAGACAAAAGCAAUCUUAGUCAUUUUGAAUUGAAGGUCGAGAGUGCGGUUGCGACUCACUGCAUGCAGGUAGAGGCCAAUCCCGAUGGCUCCUUUCAGUGCAAGUGCCCAAAUUUGCCAGAAGUUGCUGUUCAAAUAAUUGCUCAGUGUCCGUCAGUGCCUGAAGCCUACAAAAUGCUUAAACGUCAAGUUGAAAAUUUGCAGACAUUUUGGCAUGUUGUUAAAGAACUGGACCAAGAGACUUGGGUAUUAGACCCAGUGGAGCCCAACCAGAGCCACACAAGAAGGCAAAUUUCAAUUGAAACAGGAUUGUCUGUGACUGUUACAAUAGACCCAUACAAUCCCUUACUGCUGCCUGAAAUUUCCUUCCUCGGCUCAGAAGCAAAAGUCAAGCCAAUCGAGAUUGAAAUUUACAAAAAAGAGUGGUGUGUUGUGGAAAACUCUCUUUUGAAGUCUCUCCAAAAGUAUUUAAACAUAGAAUUUCCUACUCCGCCCGAUAUGAACUCCUCCCAAUUGUCCCAAAGCCAAAUGUGCAGCAUUUGCAUCAUGUCUGAGGGUUUGAAUAGGACAUGUGAAGAUUGUGGGGGCCAAUUUCACGAGGAGUGCCUUUUGGGGUGGCUUCAGUCCGUCCCUUCUAAUAAAACAGUGUUCAACCGGAUUGCUGGACAGUGUCCUUUAUGCAAGCAGGUCAUUUCUUGUGCUAUUGCAGCACAAUAAUUAUCUAAAUAUUCAACGAAAUAUUUUCACACAUCAGAAUUUUUACAUUAAAUUUAACUCCUUCAAAUAUUGAAAAUCAUCGUCUUAAAACAAAAAUUACUUGAUUCUGU